AUGUCGAACAACAGACCUCUUGCCUCGCCUCGUCCGAGAGGCAUUCUCAAAAAUGCUUCCUACCAUCGCGACUCGUACGAUGCCCGGGCAAGCCCUUCCUUGGACAUACAGAAAGAGCAGGAGGACCAGGAUGAAACCUCUCCCCUGAUAGCACCAAGACGUGAAAGUCUCGAGUCUGCACUCACCAUCUCGUCCAUGCCCUCUCCUGAGGACUCGGACAACUGGAACGACAUCCACACCGAAGAGACCAAGAGCCAAUGGUACCUGAUUCUCUUGACUCUGUCAAUCGGUGGCCUCCAGAUCGCCUGGUCUGUUGAGCUCUCCAACGGCUCGGUGUGUUCAGCAAUACCCCGCCUGAUAGCCUUCAUAACUGACCUUCCGACANNGCCAUAUCUACUCAGCUUGGGCAUUAGCAAGUCUCUUCUCGCGUUCGUCUGGAUCGCUGGCCCGUUGUCUGGUACAUUGGUCCAGCCUUAUGUCGGCAUCAAGAGCGAUAGAUGUCGCUCGCCGUGGGGAAAGAGAAGGCCAUUCAUUGUUGGAGGUGCUCUCGCGACCAUCAUCUCUCUCGUUCUGCUGGCAUGGACCAAAGAGAUUGUGCGAAACUUCUUUGCUCUCUUCAAAGUCGGCGCCGAGUCCCAGACUGUCCACGUCGUCUCGAUCGUGUGGGCCGUGAGCUUCAUCUAUAUUCUUGACUUCUCCAUCAACACCAGUACGUCUUGA